UUAACAAGUGGGGCCAGGGCACCCUCCUAACCUCCACCUUGCAAGGAACUCGGAACUCAGAACUCUGAAACGGGGAAACGGCCAGGCCUGCUGAUUUAAUCUAAGUCCCGAAGUCUCCAAGAGAUCAGACUGCAGAUCCCAGUCCCCUGAAGUAAGAGAGGAGAGGACCACAGCAGUUGGAGGACAGCGCGAGGGCCAGGCGGCCCAAGAUGCGCAGGCCACGCAGUCUCACGGACAAGUGACCCUGGAGAGCCUCCAAGCGCCCGGGUGGGGCCGCCAUCGCGCCCCGUCAGUCACCCUAGCAUGUGGGCGCGGCAGGGCGGCGCGGGCGGGCCGGCUGCGGGAGCUGUUUGGCGUCGCGGCCUGAGUGUUUGCCCAGCCCGCCUGCGCCGCUCGGGGCGCCUCUGCCUUUCCCUCCCUCCCUCCCCCGACGGCUUCUGGCAGUCAAGUGGAUGUGGCGGGCGACCGGGCCACCUUGCCUAGGCGCGCCCAGCACUGGUUCAUUGAACAGCAUUUUGGACAGGACAUUUGGUGCCAGGUCUCAGGAGCCAGUUUGCUGAAUUAUUGUCCCAGUCAGCCAGGAUCGUGAGCCAUUUGGGAAAGUUCGUGGACACGCCCAAGUGCCAGGACAGGUGGAGGCACACCUGGAGGCCAGUUUCAGGAACUUUUGCCACAGGUAUAACAGCCUCCGGAACUGCAAAGAUGCUGAAACAGAUAUUGUCGGAAAUGUACAUAGAUCCUGAUCUACUGGCAGAGCUCAGCGAAGAACAGAAACAGAUCCUGUUCUUCAAGAUGAGAGAGGAACAGAUCCGACGAUGGAAAGAAAGAGAAGCAGCAAUGGAAAGAAAGGAGUCCCUGCCAGUGAAACACAGACCAAAGAAAGAGAAUGGCAAAUCUGUUCAUUGGAAGCUGGGAGCAGAUAAGGAAGUCUGGGUCUGGGUGAUGGGUGAACACCACCUAGAUAAACCCUAUGAUGUGCUCUGUAAUGAAAUUAUUGCUGAGAGGGCCCGGCUAAAAGAAGAACAGGAGGCAGAAGAGCUCAGAAAAUCUCACACUGAAGAAUUCACCAACAGCUUGAAAAUAAAAUCACCGUACCAUGAUCUGCAGACUCUAGAUAACCAGCAGACUAAGAACAUCUGCAAGAAACUGGCAGAAAAGGAGGAUUUGGGGCAAGGAUCUAGUCCAGCACCAACUCUGGAAGAAGAGAAAAUCCAAUCACCCUCCAGUUCAUCAAGAAAUAUUCAACAAAUGUUGGCAGAUUCAAUCAAUCGUAUGAAGGCAUAUGGAUUUCACCAGAAGAAAGAAUCCAUGAAGGAAAAACAAGAUGAAGAAAUAAAUGAAAUAGACGAAGAGAGAACGAAGCAGAUUUGUAAGGGCUGGAAAGAAGACUCCGAAUGGCAGGCAUCUCUGCGAAAAUCCAAAGCAGCUGAUGAGAAGAGGCGCUCCUUAGCUAAACAAGCACGAGAAGACUACAAGAGGUUGUCCCUCGGGGCCCAGAAAGGAAGAGGCGGUGAGAGGCUGCAAAGCCCCCUGCAUACUCUGCAGAAACCAAGACGACCUCCCCUUCCGCCCAAGCCUCAGUUCCUAAACGGAGGAGCGUAUCCUCCAAAACCUCUUAGAAAUCAGGGAGUGGCGAGGACGGUAUCCAGCUCUGCCCAAGAGGACAUCAUCCGGUGGUUUAAAGAGGAGCAGCUACCACUUCGAGCAGGCUACGAGAAAACCUCAGACACUAUAACCCCCUGGUUCCACGGAAUUCUCACACUCAAGAAAGCAAAUGAACUACUUCUGAGCACAGGUGUGCCCGGCAGUUUCCUCAUCCGAGUCAGUGAAAGGAUCAAAGGCUACGCCCUGUCCUAUCUGUCGGAGGACGGCUGUAAACAUUUCCUCAUAGAUGCCUCUGCAGACUCCUACAGCUUCCUGGGUGUGGACCAGCUGCAGCAUGCCACCCUGGCAGAUUUGGUGGAAUAUCACAAGGAAGAACCCAUCACUUCCCUGGGGAAGGAGCUGCUCCUCUAUCCCUGUGGUCAGCAGGACCAGCUGCCUGACUACCUAGAGCUGUUUGAGUGACAGCCUUUACUGGGGUCAUCCUCAUUCUCCAGCUGGGCUUUCCCCUGAACAAACACCACUAAAACAUUUAUGUGUGAAGCCAAAA